AUGUUAGAAUCCGGGCCGUUGUACUACCAGAAGCGCUGUUGCGCAUGGAAUCAACUCACACAACCAUUCGAUCAUCGGGAACCCAGAAUAGAAGAAGUUAAGGAAGCUUUGAACGUCAUAGAGCAUCUAAAUGAAGGGUCUGAUUUGGAAUGUGUGCAGAAAGAAGGUAUCAAGUUCACGCAAUCGGCAAGUAUGAUUGGACGAAUAGACAUGAGCCGGUGUGUCAUGGCCGGACACUCUUUCGGAGGCAUCACCGCGCUUCAAACAGCCGCCGCAGACAGGCGGUUCACGGCCUGUGUGGUGCAGGAUGCUUGGAUGAUUCCUUGUGACGAGGGAUUCGAAGCAGAGUAUCCAAGUAUUCCCCGAUUAUUCAUCAACACGUCCAAAUUCCAAUGGGAUGCCAAUUUCAAAAAGCAAACGGCUGUGAUGAAAGGGAAGGACGAGAAGUAUGGGCGAGACAAUGCGCGAAUGGUGGCCAUUUGUAAAUCACUACAUCAAAAUCAAAGCGACUUGCCCCUCCUAUAUCCCGCAUUAAUGCGCUACAUGAGCAUGGGCGGCGAGAUUGAUGCCGUCAAAGCUGCCGAAAUGUGCGUGGAUGCCACCUUGGUGUUCCUGCGGAAGUAUUUUAAUAAUGAUGUCAUUGAAAAGACGAAAGCAGCUGUAGAGUCCGUGCUGGAAGGUGGUCCUCCUACUGAAGUAUACCCUGAGCUAGUUCAUGGGAAAACUAAUGAAUAAAUAAAGAAUUUAGCAAG